CAGAUCUUUAACACCUUCUGGUAUUAUGGUUCCAGGAUAUGUGGACAAAUUCAAAAAGUGUAUCUAACUAGUGUCUGUGAUGAUUCUCAGUCAUCCAGGUCAUAGAGCUCUUCAAAGUCAACUGGACGUUUCGCCUGUCAUCCGAAAGGCUUAUAUAAUAUCAGGCUCCCAAUUUAACCACAGAUGAAAUGUCAAAUAAUGCUGCUGUGUGUGUAUAGAUCUCAUUCACAGCAGAUAUUUUGACAUGUAAUAUUGAUGACAGCCAUUUAAUUGUCUGAGUAUGUUUUCGGUGAGUCAGCAUGGAUAAGUCCCUGAGCUGGAACACAUGAAUGAAACUGAACCAUCAUCUUCAUUAUUGAUGAUAUAAUUGAUUUUCCUCCAAUGAGUCAGAUUGUCUGCUGUAAAAAAGGCUAUUAGUCCUACAUGAAAUGGCAUGCAGAGGGAAGCUACACAGGAAUACUUAGUACAAGACAAUGAGGACAUUUAAUCAUCGUUUUUUUUAGAGUAACCAGGCCUUUAGUGGAGAUUGUUUUGUCAAAUUACUUUUUCCAAGGUGAAGAAUCAGCUUUCAUGUUAAACUUUCAAGCCAAUACAGAUGAGAAAUCAUAACAGUGCUAUAGAUUAAACCAUAACAGCUUCUGAGUUCAGGUCUCAGCAGAUCCAUCCUCAUGACAACUGAGCAAACUCUUGAAGAAGAUGGUAGUUGAGUGGUUGAAAGGCCCAGAUGAAACUAGUAAGUUUAUAAGCUUUUAGUUUAUAUAAAUGAGAGAAAUUAUAAUUUUGGACUUGUAUACCUGUAAAUAUGCCGAUUUUUAUUGUUUUUGUUCUGUAAAUUACUGUUUGUACGAGUUGUGAUUUUUUUUAUUCGUGUACAUUUUAAAAUACACAAAUUACAGUGAGUGCUUGUACAAAGUAAGAAAUCUGAGUUUGGUCAGUUGGGGACGGUGUAAGCGAUUUAUUUCCUGUUACUUUAAUUCUGUUUACUUAUCAGCAAAAAAUCCAAAUAACCGUACAUCUCUCUUUAUUUACGUAGAAUUACAAAUUAGGACAAUUGUCUCGAGCCCGCAUGUUUCCAGCAUUGAGUAUAAAAUGGUCAAGUAGGAACCUUUAAAACUUGUCAGGCCGUUUCAUUACGGAAUGUUUUUGUGGACGUACGUACUACUGCCUGUGCUGUUGUGGUAAGUGAGUAACGCCUGAAACUCGUGUGUGGAAGAAAGAGACUUUUAGCCUCAGUUUAGGUAGAAAUGGUUGACUGGAGUCCGAUAGCGAAGGUGUACGACCCGCUGAAAGCUGGCAGCAUCGACGGGACGGACGUGGAGCCCCAUGACCGGGCGGUAUGGAGGGCUAUGGGUGCCCGAUACAAGCCUAACAAGGGUGUUGUUGGAGACCCGCUGCUCACUCUGUUUGUGGCUCGUUUGAACCCCCAGACAACCGAAGAUAAACUCUAUCAAGUGUUCUCCAAGUACGGAGACAUCCAGCAGCUCCGACUGGCCCGGGACAUCGUCACGGGCUUCUCCAAACGAUACGCCUUCAUUGAAUACAAGGAGGAGCGGUCUGUUGUCCGGGCCCGCCGGGACGCAAACAAACUGGUGGUGGAUCAGCACGAAGUGUUUGUGGAUUUUGAACAGGAGAGGGCGCUUAAAGGAUGGGUCCCGCGUCGGCUCGGCGGCGGGCUGGGAGGGAAGAAGGAGUCCGGACAGCUGCGGUUCGGCGGAAGGGACAGGCCGUUCCGUAAACCCAUUAACCUCGGUGUCGGCAUGGUGCAGGAGCGGGGAGGUGGUGGAGGUGGAGGGAGAGAGUGGGACAGACAAGGGGCGAGAGACAGGGAGGACCGGGACCGAUACAGAGAGGCUGAGUGGGGCGGCAGAUCGAGGAGGGAUGAGCGGGACAGAGGCAGAGAGAGGGAUGACCGCAGACACGGUGACAGGAGCAGGCACAGGGACAGAAGAUGAAGCCCGUAUCGAUCAUACAAAUUACUGAUCUCACCUGGUGCACAUGAAGCCUGAUGCUUUGAUGCACAGUCCAGCUGCCUGCCUCCAGUGGAGAACUUUAAAGGAAAGUGUGACUGUUGAGGCUUGUAGCACUGGUCUAUGGAAAGAGCCAUAAGAGACCCUCUUAUGGUAUCGUGAUGUCAGUUUGGCUUGAUGUUCAGUAGAUGCUGGACCGGUAUUUUCAGCUGGUACUCUUCAGCAUUUCUGACUUAGUAGGCCUUCAUGCUUUUGUAGUGUGCACUGAGCAAUAAAACCCAUGUUCUAUUUAACUAUAUUUUUUAAAUAAAUUCACUAAAUUUUUUUUAUUAUGUUGACGUCCAGCCAAGUGAAGCCCAUAAGCUGUAAAAAAAAAAAAAAAAAAAAAAAAAAACAGGAUCCACAACUAAAUGGAUAAAAUACCAAAAAAAAAAUUAUUUUUUUAUUUUUUUAUUAUUAUAUUAUAUACCUAUAAAGUACCUGUAAAUCAGACUGAAUCUGUUAAGAUUUCCUAUGUUGAGCAGUUUAACAAUGUCCUGUAGAGCAUCAUAAUUGGCAAAAGCCACUGAAGGGUUUCUGCAACACUGGCUCUAAAAGGUGUGUUUCCUUGUGCAUAGUUGCAGAAAGGUAUGAAGAUUUUCCUCUAUUAUGGGUUGCAUUGUGCUCUAUGAAAGAGGUGAUUGAUUGAAUGUUUUUUUUAUUGUCCUAAUUUAUAUGUUGCUCUGCUACUAGCAAAUUUUCUGUGGAAUUGUAUUGCAAAAAUUACAGCAUCAACCAAAUGCAGAGGCCACCAAUUUGAAUUCUUAAAAUUGCAAUUCCAUUGCUUACCAUUAAAACUUUUGUUGUUGUUUUUA